AUGAGUAGCUCUUCUGAAUCAAAGAGCAGCAAUUCCUUGACCAACUCCUCUGGCUCCAAUCUUAGCAAACCCCAAUCGAAUGCAGCAUCCACACCCCCAACAUCUAUUGCCACCAGUGGCUCUCCUGCCAAGAGCAUGGACUCUCCCAUUUUGUCUGCUGACAAUCCUGGACUUCGCGUUGAGUGGGCUCGCGCCUUCAACUUGGGAAAAUGGCGGCAGACAGGACGAGGAUUGCGAUUUGCCCACGAAGAGGUCAAAGACCUUGCAAACGACGCUACAAUAUACCUCAAUGAGCGCAUGCUCGAGCUCUCACGAAUCACUCGCCGAGCUAUUGCUGCGAGGUUGCGAUACCAACGCCUUCGCUCCCGUGAACUAGAUUUGAUAAAGUCAAUUCUUGACGACGAAACCGAGCUGUGCCAGACGCAGUUGAGUGGAGUUGAUGUGCAAAUUGGCUCCAUCCGAAAUAUGCUUCAGGACGCUGGGGUCGCGCAAAUAGGGAGCACAGGUUCUAGGUUUGAUCCUAAUGAUGCGGCUGGGCCCUGUUUGAUUCCAAUAUGUAAUAGAACACCCGGUAAUUUACCGCCUGUGCCUGUGAUGCUCGCACAAGACCUCGCCUGCAAUAACCCCUACUUGAUGGACGCCCCAGAAUCAUUAACGUUUACACCAAUUGAGUUCGACCCCGACGAUCCCUCUGAGUCUAGUCUGAGACAGCGGGGGAUACCUGCUCAACUCGGUUCAUCACAUUAUAACCCAUAUGCACGCAGCAUGCCUGGCUCAAGGCCUUCUACAUCGCUAGCGUCAGCAAGUGUAAUAGAUGAUGCCGAUAGUGCUCGUUGCACCACAGACUUGCAAGAAGCCCCACAAUCUAAGUGUAGCAUCAAGGACUAUGAUAAAACACAGCAACUAGCCAUCGAAUGGGUGAAAAUGCGCCUCGUUAUGGACGGUGCAACUACUGGCUGGAUCAGGAACAGUACCAGAGACGAGAAGGUCAAGAUGGAGAUGCGCGUUAGGGAGAUCAUUUUUCAUGCCGGUAUAAAGUUCGGUUGUGUCCGAGCCCUAACGAAGGACCGUAGAGAGCUCGCAAAAACGGGCGAAGAAUUUGCGCCCCUGUACAAGCUUGAACUGCCGUCAAAGCGGUCUGAGGAGGAACGCCAGAUUUAUAUGAACAAUCGAAGGGUAGCUAUCUAUGAUGCAAAUCAGCCUUUCGAAUACUAUCUACAUGGUAUAGAGGAGACUGAGACGUCUACCAAUGUCCUGGUCUUCUCAGGUCAAGCUGUCGAAAGUACUCAUAUCAAGCACUGGUAUGAGAGCAAGAAAUCGCCACUUUAUGAUGAAGAAAUGAGGUCCUCGAUUAAUACAACACCCCUUGACAUGCUCGCAGAGUCAGCGGUGGGAAUAAGGUGUGCCAUUGAUCGGUACGUCGAGGGUCGACUCUCCGGAUCAAAAGAAAAUAACACUCUGCACUUCGCUACCGACGUAUAUGCCAACGAGCAACAGUUGAUCAAGAACGCGAUGGUAUUUGCCCUCCAGCAAAAUAUACAUUGGGAGUCAUUCCAGAAGCGUCUAUUAUAUCUUCAUCACAGAGGCCUUCAAAAAUUGCACGAGAAGCUGGGCCUUUCGGCUCCUGAAUUUCCGAUCCACGUCCCUUUAACAGCGGAGGAGUUGAGCAAACCACGCCUAGUGCCGAGUCAUAAUACCGCGACUGCCCUGCCCAGGCCUUCCACUUUGUUGCCGUUUGGACAAAUAGGUGGUCAGGCGCCAUUGAUGAUGUCGGGACCGCAGAUGUCGUUUGUACAGAUCUCAGGUGAUCCGAUCAUCUCUCAGGACAGAAAUAAUGAUGUGAGAGGGUGGACUGCCUUUGUUGACGUUGGACCCUCGCUUCUAAAUCGACAACAUCCACUUCGGAGAUGUUGCCCGUGGCGGUAUUCCGAGUCGAAUUGUCAUGUCGUGGAACAAAGAUUAAGUUCCAAGCACCAUGUCAUCAAGAUGACUGAGCACUUCUACUUCCACAAUCACCUCUGCAAUGCCAUGGAACUACUUAGCAUCAAUUUGUAUGAACUGAUCAAAGCAAACAGUUUUGUUGGAUUCACAAUGGCGUUGAUACGACACUUUACAAGCCAGAUGAUACUAUUGUCUCUGUGCUUGAUGUGGCAUCAUCGCAUAUUGCGAUCUCAAGCCAGAGAAUGUCUUAUUACGAUACCCUGUGAAGAGUGCAGUGCUAUCAAGGUCAUAGACUUCGACAGUAGCUGCUUAGAGCACAAGAAGAUAUCCCCUAUCUUCCCUGGCGAAAACGAGCAGGAGCAAUUGUCUUGCAUCAUGGAGGUCUUGGAGCCCCCAGAUAAGGACUUCAUCAAUCGUAGCUCCCGAAAGCGACUCUUCUUCGGUAAGAUGACACAUUGGCGACCUUCUACCACUUUCCUGAUCCUUUCUAAGACAACAACGGCGCACCCCGACCCAUGGUGA